CUGACUCAUUUUUUAUCUAACACCUUGUAAAUUACGGCAAAAAAUUAAGCCGCUCCCGGGUGGGUUCGAACCACCAACCUUUCGGUUAACAGCCGAACGCGCUGCCAUUGCGCCACGAGAGCCGGUCUUGAUGCUCACAGAAAAAAAAAAACAGCCACUAGAAGAAAUUUUUUAAUCUACAUUUUAACCACCACUUUAAUAUAUUCAAAUAAAAAUUCUCAUCAUCUUCUUAACAUUUUACUUGCAGACAAUCUUCUUUUCGUAAUUAGCUAAUUAAUUUGCCGGUAUCAUUGAAAAUAAUUAUAAUCAUCAGGUGUUAUGAAACUACCAUACUCUAUAAUUUAUCCACUCAAUUUUUAUCAAUACAAAAUUAACUUUACUAUCGUUGGCUAAAAAAAAAAUAAAAAACAAUUUAAUUAAGUUGGUUAAUUAAUUCAAAGCACGAGCAACUUGAUACGUGCUGGGGUGUCAGGUACAAGUUUAUUUUAACAAUUUGUCAAAGUUGAAUAAUAAAACUCACUGGGUGGUUGGUAAAUUUAUAUACAACCAACAACUUGAUGGCGUCAGUGUUAUCUGGGUCGUCUGCCCUCAAGACGCCUCUUUUAAUUUACUCACAAACUUUCCCAAUAAUAAAACAACAAUUCUAUCACAUUAAAAUACUACCCCUAUAUUUAUCAUUAAAUUCAUUGAAAACUUAAUCAUCUGUUACUUUUGUUGUGUUGUCAACAGAAUAUUGAUAAUAUUUAUAACAGAUAAAACAAUGUCAAACUGUUUACUAUCUAAUUGAUAAAAAACAACAACUAGAACAACAACAAAUAAAUAAAUAAAAUAUGAAAGUGAAUUUUUAAAUUGUAUUAAGUGUAAAAAUUAAUUUGAUGAAUAAAAAAAUAAUGAAUGGCUCAGUUGAGUCAUUGGAAUGUUAUGUUGAUGAAUUUUAUCAUCAGCAUGAUAAUCAUUAUCAUCAAGAACUAUCAAACUUGCCAAGAAUUCAUUCAAAUUUAUUUUCAAAUAAUAAUUUAAGAGAUUUAACAACAAAAGAUGUUUUAGAUAAUAAAAAAAUUGAUCUUGUUUAUGUGAAUUGUGGUGGUGGUGUUGGUGGUAUUGAUGGUCAAGAUGAUGAUUGUAAAAGUAUUGAUAAAAAAAAAAUAAGAACUUGGCUGUGUUGUAAAUCAGAUAAAAAUAAUGAUCGUGUUGUUCCAUGUCAAGUUGAAGCUGCUGGACAAAAUCUUCAUGCUGCUGCACUUUCAUCAUUGAGAACUGAAGUAGCUGAACUAAAUUCACGUUUAGUAUCAGCAACACGAGCUAAAGAAUCAGCUGAAGCAGCACUGAUAAGAGCUGAAAAUCAAGCAGUAAAAGCUGAGCAAAGGGCUGAACAACAAACAGCAAGACAUGAAGAACGACUGACUGAACUUCACUCUGUAAUUGCUGAACUCAGUAGACAACUAGAAAGACACAGAGCAACUGUCAUUACCGAGGAAGAUGAGUCAGAAAUAGAAACUAGUCGUGAUGCUGAAGGAUCAAUAACAAAUCCAGUUGAAGAUAGUGAAACUGGAGAUAUACCUGGUGAUGGUGAUAGAACAAUUGGUGAUGAUGAUGAUGAUGAUGAUUCAAGUUGUUGUGAUGACAUUGAAACCAGACCACUUGAGAGUGAAAGACAACUUGAUAGUCCAGCAGCACUACCAACACCAGAACCAACAAAUCAAGCAGUAUCAUGUCAAAGUGUUGCUGUUGCAACAUUACAAGAAGAAGUUAAUGCCCUGAGAGCUGAAUUAACAAAUCUUCAUGGACAAUUGGCACAAUUUCGUGGUCAUGGAGGACAAAAUAGUCAUGUUGGACAAAAUACCAGUAGUGAUUCACCACGUCGUGAUCAUAGACGUGGUAAUAUUAGUUCACCAGAACCGCUAACAGCACCAUGUUCACCAUUAUUACCACCAUUACAAACACCACCAUCAAAAAAUAUAUUUCGUGAUGAUGGACCAAUAUUAAAAAUGGCUGAACGUGUUAAGCUACGUAGAACAGAUGAACGUCAUAUAACUGGUCCAGAUAUAACAAAUUUUGGUGUAUGUUCAACAAUGGUUGCUGAACAUUUAGUAUCAGAUCUUCUUGAACAAUCAAAUAUACAAGAAUUAAAUGGUUCUGAACAACAAUUUGAAAUUGAAACUGAAAGAUUAAAUAGUAAAUUAGAACAUUCAAGAGCAAAUAAUGCUGUACUUGCAUUGACAUUACAUGAAAGUAAAGCACAAUGUGAUAAAUUAAGUUUACUUGUUGGUAAAUAUGAAUCAAAUUCAACAGCAUUAAAACUUGCAUUGUCAUAUUGUGAUAGUUCAAUUGAAGCAUAUGAUGUAUUAGUUGCAUUAUUAGAAACAGAAAUAGCAUUAUCAAAUGAUAAAAAUAGUGUUACAAUUGAUAAUCGUAAAACAGCUGAAAGUGUUGCUCAUCAUGUAUUAAAACGUUUUGAUAAUGAUGAUAAUAAUUAUUGUGAUAAAUUUGAAAAUUCAUGGAAUGAUUCAAUAAUAUUAUCUGAUGAUUCAAAUAUCAUGUGGACAAUUGAUGAUGAACAAAAACUACGUAGAUAUAUUAAUAAAUUUAAAAAUAAUAAAGCAUUAAUAAGAUCAACUGCUGUUGAAUUUGAAACACAUCAUGUUGAGCCAUUAAAUUCAAAAAAUUCAAUAUCACUUGCUGAAGCAAGAAAGCUAGAUCUUGAAACAGCUGUAUUAAUGCAAGAAUUAAUGGCAAUGAGAGAAGAUAAAGCUGAAUUACGUGCACGUGUAUUUUUAUUAGAAAAAGAACGUUCAACAAUUGAGCUUAAAUUAAAUUCACGUGAUUCACAAAUAAAUGCUCAACAUACAGCAAUACAACAUCUUCAAGGACAAUUAAAUGAUACAGAAGCUAUGUUAAGUAUGACAAAUAAUAAUAAAGAUCGUACAUUAACAAGUGAUAAUGAAAAUGUUGGUAUUGAAAAUGAACUUAUUGAGGCACUUGGAAGAGAAGCUAGAUUAAAAGAACGUUUACAAGAAUUAGUUACAACACUUGAUAUUGUAACUAGAAAUUCAGAACUUCGUCAUCAACAAGCUGCUGAACUUGUUAAUGAACUUAAAAUGGCCAAUGGGGCACUUGUGCAAACACUAGAAAAAUCUAAAAAAAAAUAUCAAUCUAGACUUAAAAAAUUGGAACAACAAAUGUUAGGAAUGAUUGAAAGAAAUGCAGCUCAGGUAAAAAUGUUGAAACAAAAAAUAGCAAUGCUUGAAGAUGAAGCUGCAAGUUACAGAGGAUGUCUUCCACUUCAAUCACAAAGUUCUGGAGCUUCUGAAACAUCAUUAUGACACUCAUCUGAUCGUGAAGACUCUUUGGGAUAAAUUUUUCAUUUUUUUAUAAUAUUACAUAUAGAUUUAAAAAAAAAAAUAUUU